AUGGAACGUGUCAGAUAUUCCGGAAAGAGGGAGAUCGGGGGGCGCGUGGACUUGGGAUGGGGAGAUGAAGAUGGUGAAGACGCUGAAGAGACAGAAAAGUUGGCGAACGACGUUGGCAAACAGCAGCACUGGGCAAUCUCUCCAUGGGGCGCGGGUCGACGGGGCACAUCGUUUCGGGUUGCGGGAAGUCUGGUCGUACUGGUUGCGUAUGGCAGUGACGCGUCAAGAAUGAAUGCAGCAGUUGAUACGGGCCAUCUGAGUUACGCAGUACUACUACUCCUGCCCCUUCCACAUCCCCACGGAGGUGAUACGAUCGGCUAUGGCAAUCGAAGUCCUUCGGUCUGGGAACAUAUGCAGGGGCUCGUUGGCCACAUUUUAGCAUGGAAAAUUGUGGUCGCCCGUCUCUUCCUUUUCCUGCCGACUGUUCACGGGAUCCGUAAUUGA